AUGUCUUCGCCUACACAUUCCAACGAUGCUCAAGACAUAAGUUUUACAUCACUUACCGAUGGAUCACCCGUAAAUUGCGUGACAACUAGAAGAACUCGUGUUGACACGGAAGGUGGUCUUAAUCCAUUGUUACUACGUGAGUUCAAGGAGUCAAUGGUUAACAAAAUGGACAAAUGGUUCGCCAGACAGGAAAAUAUGAUAUCCAAGGUUGUAAAGGAAUUCAACGAAGUUAAGCAAACAAUGAAUCAAAUGUCAAAUUAUUUUGACGAACUAAACAACAAGACCACGGAAUGUCUCAACCGUCUAGCUGAAACAGAAAAGAAGGUAAAAAGUCUAGAAGAACACACUAAAACAAUAACUCAAUUAGAAGCGAAAAUUGAAUCAAUGGAGCAACAUUCACGUCAGUGCAAUGUAGAAAUUCAGAACGUACCUGAGAGACGUAACGAAAAUCUAAUAAAAAUAGUUGAACACAUCGGAACGUCUAUUAAGCAAAGCAUAAGUCCGAAUGAUAUAGUAUCUGUACACCGAGUGCCUCAUGCUGAUACAAAGAGCACACAUCCUAAAAGUAUUGUCGUAAAAUUAUGUUCCCGGAUUCUGCGUGACAAUAUACUGUCUGCUGCUCGAAUGAAGAAAGGUUUAUACACAGAUGACUUGCAUAUUAAUGGUGAAAAUCGCAGAGUUUACGUAAAUGAACAUCUUACAUUACGAAACAAACAACUUUUUAGAAGUGCUCGUGAAACUGCUAAAAGGUGUAAUUUUCGCUUUACUUGGAUUAAGCAUGGUAACAUUCUUGUGCGCGAGUGCGAAACAUCCCGAGUUAUUGCUAUCCGUUCGUAUGAAGACUUGUCUAAAAUUAAAUCUUCUAAGUCCUCCUAUAGGUACAUUGUAUUUCGCUGCGACCGGGACCGUACCGCCACAGGUAGGGAGGAGGGCGGCGGCGUGUUAGUGGCCGUGCGCCGCGAGCUGCGGCCCGUGCGCCGCGCGCUGCCGGGGCCCGUGCCUCCUAUUGUCGAUUGCGUCUCUGUUGAGGUACCGAGCGCGUCCCGAGAAUAUGGAAGAGAGGAAACUUGCAAUGGUGUUACUGGAAGAUGUGUCUCCAUAAAAUCCUGUUCUCCGUUUGUUCUGAUGAUGAAGACGGAACCCAUCAGUCAAUACAGAACACUUCUAAAGGAAUCGCACUGUGGGUUUGAGGGAAACGAUCCUAUGGUGUGCUGUCCUGAGUCUACACCUAAAUCUUCAUCCUCUCGUGGCCUUGUACCUCCUAUUGACGUUAGAUCUAAGGGGUCAGCUCGAAUGAUGAACCUUCAAUCACCAAUUCUGUCACCACCAACUUGCGGAGUGUCAAAUGCAACGUCUGGCCGAGUGGUGGGAGGUGUUAAUGCCAGACACGGAGACUUGCCCUGGAUGGGCAUUUUGGGUUACUGGGAGAGGUCAGAUCAACGCGGGUCGAACAGGAAAAUCGAGUGGCGAUGCGGCGGUUCACUGGUCUCCUCACGACAUGUUCUCACGGCCGCUCACUGCAUACAUCGCAAAGAGAAUUACUUACACCUGGUCCGCCUCGGAGAAUUGGAUCUGGAUCGUGAUGAUGAAGCAGAUGCAAUAGAUGUCCUCAUACAAAAAGCAGUAAAACAUGAAGAAUAUGACAUAAAUACAUUCACUAAUGACAUAGGACUCCUCGUACUUGUAACAGAAGUCGAGUUCACAGGUGGCAAUACGUCAAGCCAUCUCAAAGUGACUCAGUUGCAAGUAGUGGAUAACAGAAAGUGUAAGAAGUCAUACUUGAAGUACCCUGUGAUGAUUGAUGAUAAGGUCUUGUGUGCUGAAGCGUGGGGACGCGAUUCCUGCAAAGGUGAUAGCGGGGGACCACUCAUACAGCCUUUUUAUAAUCAAGAGAAGAAAGUGUAUUAUUUCUACCAGAUCGGUGUUAUCGCUUACGGUAGAUAUUGUGCUGAUGCUGGUUACCCCGGGGUAUAUUCCAGGGUAACAUACUACAUGCCAUGGAUACAGAGACAAAUCAUGGAAAACUAA